UCAGAAAGCCGCGUUCGAAUACGGAUUGAAGACCGUCCGUUGUCGCGUGUAAUUUGCGGUAUUGCUCUUCAUCCGCCCGUAGAAUCCUCAUUCCAUUUUUGACCGAUUAAUCUACAUCCCACUCGAAAAAUGCCUACUUGGACGCAGAUGCAGUCACAGCUUCGUCAUCCGAACAAUCCGGUCGUCUUCAUGGAUAUCACUGUUGGAACAUCGGAAAUUGGCCGCAUGGUGUUCGAGUUGUACGCGGACGCGGUCCCGAAAACGUGUGAAAACUUCCGGCAGUUCUGCACGGGCGAGUACAAAAAAGAUGGUGUGCCAAUCGGCUACAAAGGCUCUAGUUUUCAUCGCGUUAUCAAAGACUUUAUGAUCCAAGGCGGCGAUUUUGUGAACGGUGACGGUACGGGCGUUAUGAGCAUUUACGGUAAUCCCACCUUUCCCGACGAGCAUUUUCUUCUGAAGCACGACGCCCCGGGGCUGCUGUCGAUGGCCAACAGCGGGAAGGACACGAACGGUUGCCAGUUCUUCAUCACCUGUUCCAAGUGUAACUUCCUAGACUACAAGCAUGUCGUGUUUGGGCGCGUACUGGACGGAUUGUUGAUAAUGCGUAAGAUUGAGAAUGUCCCAACGGGCCCGAACAACAAACCGAAGCUCCCGGUCGUCAUAUCACAGUGUGGGCAGCUGUAACCGUAGUUUGAACCAGUGAUGAUGAAUAAAGUAGCGGAAGCCGCCUCAA